AUUUCUUUCUGUAUUAGCCCUGCAACCUACACAAAAGAUGGAAUCGAUCCCAACCAUUGUAGAGGUAUCAAGCCCUAAUACGUAUGAUCUUCUCAAGUCCAUUACGGGAUUGAAAGUUACGUCCAAAUUAUUUGUUCAAUGCUCACGUCAAAAGGACCUGAUAAAGAUCUACAGGCACCUACUAAAUUACUCAAAAAAUGUAUUUAAUCUUUGCAGCUUCCCCAAUCUAGUUGGGACGAAGUAUAGACAAUUAAGACUGGGGUUCCAGGAGGUUGUGGUCUAUGGCCUUUUACGAGAUGGGAAAGUAAAUUUCCACCCAAAUGAUAACGAAGAGCUCAUGGAAACCGACAAACUAUUGUUUAUCGCACCUCUCAAUUGGAAAAAGAAGCAACUAUUAUAUACAGACAGCAAACUUGAGAACAUUACAGUUGCGACUGAUACUCGGAAGCAAGUGUUUGAGAAAAAAAGAUCAAGGCUAGCGAAGAUUAUAAUGCGUCCUCGUAAGUCCUUAUCAAAGGGAUCAGAUUCUGUCAAAGGACCCACAGAAUCUAUACUUUUACUUGGUUGGCGUGGAGACGUUGUGCAAAUGAUCGAGGAGUUUGAUAACUAUCUUGGUCCAGACAGUUCAAUGGAAAUAUUAUCGGAUGUACCGUUAGAGGACAGAAGAAGAGUGGGCGAUAGUAUGGGUUCAGUGAAAAUCAAGAACAUCCAAGUUUCACAUAAGGUUGGGAAUCCUCUGAAUUAUGAUACAUUAAAGCAAACUAUAAUCCGUAUGAAAAGUAAAUAUAGAAAAGGCAAAAAUAUUCCUUUGACCAUCCUUGUCAUAUCGGAUCGAGACUGGCUUCUUGGAGAUCCAUCUAGAGCAGACAAACAAUCCGCUUACUCUCUUCUCCUCGCUGAAAGCAUCUGCAACAAGCUUGGAGUAAAGGUACAUAAUCUAGCCUCUGAAAUCGUCGACUCAAAACUCGGCAAGCAGAUAACAGGACUCAAGUCGUCCCUUACUUUCAUAGCAGCAGAGGAAGUUAUGAGCCUUGUAACAUUACAAGUUAGGGACAUUGAGCUGUACAUGAAAGAGGGCGAGAACCCUUCAUUCACUGAGCUUUCAGAGCGAGCUUGGUUAAGGAGAGAAGUCGCCAUAGGCUACAUAAAAGGCGGUAAAAAGAUAAUCAAUCCGGUUCCAAAGACAGAACCUCUCUCCCUUGAAAUGAAUGACUCAUUGAUUGUUAUAUCAGAGCUUGAAGGAGACCAACCCAUCACACCAUGAAAAUAUAUACAAUCUCAUAUA